AUGGAAGAUCCUGAAGUGCCUGUGAGCAACUGCAAUGUUCACGAUGAUGAAAACCUUUGCAGCUACAGACGACACCUGUCAGCAUCACAGGAGGGGCUUUUGGAAGACCAGCUUACAAGGAAGUUAAAAUUUUUCUUCAUGAACCCAUGUGAGAAAUUCUGGGCCCGGGGCAGGAAACCUUGGAAACUUGGGAUUCAGCUACUCAAAAUAGCAAUGGUUACUAUUCAGCUGGUGGUUUUUGGAUUGAGCAAUCAAAUGGUGGUUGCCUUCAAAGAGGAGAACACUGUUGCAUUCAAACAUCUCUUCUUGAAAGGAUACAUGGACGGAAUGGAUGAUACCUAUGCUGUAUACACACAAACAGAUGUCUAUGACCAGAUAUUCUUUGCAAUAAACCAGUACUUACAGCUGCCCAAUAUUUCUGUUGGAAACCAUGCUUAUGAGAAGAGGGGAGCAGAAAAGACAGCUCUAUCCCUGUGUCAGCAGUUCUACAAACGAGGAACCAUUUGUCCUGGAAAUGACACCUUUGAUAUAGAUCCAGAGAUUGUGACAGACUGCUUGUACAUUCAGCCAAUGACCCCCUUAGACAACACAACAGUGGGAAAGCACAACUUGAAUUUCAGUCUGGACUUCCACAGACUGGUGACGGUGCAGCUCCUGUUCAACCUGAAGGCAAUCAACCUCCAGACCGUUCGUCACCAGGAGCUCCCUGACUGUUACGAUUUCACUCUGGCGAUAGUGUUUGAUAACAAAGCACAUAGUGGAAGAAUUAAAAUAAGUCUAGACAACAACAUAGCAAUCAGGGAAUGUAAAGACUGGCAUGUUUCUGGAUCAAUACAGAAGAACACUCAUUACAUGAUGAUCUUUGAUGCUUUUGUUAUAUUGACUUGUCUGGCCUCGUUGAUCCUUUGCACACGAUCCGUGGUUAAAGGAAUUCAGCUCCAAAGGGAAUUUGUAAGCUUUUUCCUAUAUUAUUAUAAGAAAGAAAUAUCUUUCAGUGACCAAAUGGAGUUUGUCAAUGGAUGGUACAUCCUGAUUAUGGUUAGCGAUGUCUUAACUAUUGUUGGAUCAACCCUAAAGAUGGAGAUACAAGCCAAGAGUCUGACAAGUUAUGAUGUCUGCAGCAUACUCCUGGGAACAUCCACUAUGCUUGUGUGGCUUGGAGUCAUUCGCUACCUAGGUUUCUUUCAGAAGUAUAAUCUUCUCAUCCUAACACUGAGAGCAGCAUUACCCAACGUAAUGAGGUUCUGCUGUUGUGCUGCUAUGAUCUACCUGGGCUAUUGUUUCUGUGGAUGGAUUGUACUGGGACCAUACCAUGUGAAGUUUCGCUCUCUGAAUAUGGUUUCCGAAUGCCUCUUUUCAUUGAUCAAUGGAGAUGACAUGUUUGCCACCUUUGCAAAAAUGCAGCAGAAAAGUUACUUGGUUUGGUUAUUCAGUAGGAUCUACCUCUACUCCUUCAUCAGUCUGUUCAUCUAUAUGGUGCUGAGUCUUUUCAUCGCCCUCAUUACAGAUACAUAUGAAACUGUCAAGCACUACCAGCAAGAUGGCUUUCCAGAGACAGAACUUCAGAGAUUUAUAUCACAGUGCAAAGACUUACCAAAUUCUGGCAGGUACAGGUUAGAGGAGGAGAGUUCUGCAUCUCUUUUCUGUUGUUGUAACAGUAAUAGUGAGCAUAUUUAAUGGAUUAUGGAA